CGCCCAAGGCAGGCCCGGAGGGUGGAGGGCUCGCGGUCGUGGGCUGAGGGCUUCGUGGCUGGACUGUAGCCACAUCUACGCGUUCAUGGGCGUGCUGCAUUGUGUCUGGAUACUUAAAAUGAAGCAUUCCGGACAAGUGCACGUUUUGUGAAUUUUCGUAAGUGCGAGGUAACCAUUUCUGACGCCUUGCGUGAGGUGAGGUGCUCCCUGGAGGCACUCGCCCCCAAGGUCAGGCAUAGUAAGUGGUUGGAGGGAUUGAUAACUCUAAGUAAGGGCGCUACCUCGCCGCAUGGCCUCUCGCCGAAUCUUGGGAUAAGAAGUGCACUUCCUUAGGAACGUUUUCUACACGGUUUCCGGAAAACUGGUUUUUGAGUUAACUCCACUGUGCUGGAGUCAUGUGCUAAUAUUUAAAAGACACCUAUAACCUCUGGUAUACCAUUAGUGCCGUGUAACCCAAUUUUUGUUAAAUUUCAUUUUUGAGCAGUUAUUUCAUGAAUACUUAGGUUUUCGCAUUUUAAAACACUACCAACAAAACAUAACCAUCACAUUUCCACGACUCCAUCGGACAUUUUGCAAAUCUCUACCUGACCUUGAUGAUUUCUUGUAUUUGAGAUAUUUUGUCAUUUUAUCCUAGGAUUCCAUUCUUAACUACUCAGUUGUCAUUCUCAGGUGUACUAAAGACAAAAACGGAAGAAUGUUGGUAUCCCUUGAAAGGGAGAUAAGGUGGUAAAAUAAGACCUCUUCGCUUUUUCGCCCGCUAUUGUCAGAUUUUCCAAGGAGAAUAAAAAGACAAAGGGCACCAUUGUGUGGUCUAUUAGUCUUUCAUUGAAGUUUGAGAAUUCCGAACUUGUUAAUUAGUACCCAUAGUGGCAAAGAGAUAAUAUGCCAAGGAAGAGGUUUCACAGUGACUGAUGAAUCAUAGCAUGAAUGAGAAGAGGCUACAAAUGGAAAUGCAGGAGAUUGGAUUGAGCUGUGUUGGCAUUUGUUCAGAGAAACUACAUCACGUUUACCGAAUUGUCAAAACUCUGAAGCAAAUAAGUGACGAAUAAGACAAUUUGGAGAAGGACUUGGGAGAAUAUGUAACAGGAUUGAAUUUUUUUAACUCUAUAAUGGCAUCUAAUUCAGCUGUGGAAAUUGAAAAUGAAAGGUCAUGUUUUGGAGACUGCCUUUGGAAAUUAAAAUUCUGUUACUUAUCUUGGAAGGUCAUGUUUUGUGAUAACUCUUCUGGUAGCAGCUUAUUUAAAACUCAGUGUGUCCCUUACUCCCCUAAACAGGGGCAAAGAAACCCUACUAGAAAGUUUGUUCAUUCACCUGAAGUUGUACAGGCAAGGGAUUCAUCUAGUGACUCAUCUUUCGAACCAAGACCAUUGACUUUAAAAGCUAUUUUUGAAAGAUUCAAAAAAAAGAAACGUAAAAAGAGGAAAUAUAAACCAACAGGAAGACUAAGAGGAAGACCAAAAGGGAGAGAAAACACCAGACGUUCCCAAAUAAAUAAGAAACAAGUUCAAGAUAAAGGAUCUGGGUUCCCAUUUUUAGAAUCCGAGAAUGCAAGAAAACCAUUACCUUGGAGAAAAAUUUUAACCUUUGAGCAAGCAGUGGCGAGAGGAUUUUUCAACUACCUUGAAAAACUGAAGUAUGAAUACUACCUCAAGGAAUCCUUGAAACAAAUGAAUGUUGGUGAAGAUUUAGAAAAAGAAGAUUUUGACAGUCGUAGAUACAAAUACUUGGAUGAUGAUGGUUCUCUCUCUCCUAUUGAAGAAUCAGAAACAGAGGAUGAGGCUGCAACAAAUCUUGAACAUGAUGAAUGUGAUAUCAAAUUGGUGGACAACUUUAAUGAUUUCAUAAUAAGUUCUGAAGUACCAAAGAUGAAGAAUGUGUAUUUAGAACAAGAAGAAUAUGCUGAAGAAGCCACUUUGUCUAAAAAGAGAGCAUCAAAGUCCAAAAAUACUGGACAGGACAGAAUGGCCUGAAAAGAGAUAGGAAUAUGAAUGUUAAGGCUUUUCACUUGAAUACAGUGUCUGGACUUUAAAGGUAUUGGCAUAUUCCCAACAAUCUGUACAGUUCUAGGGUGUGAUGGUUUAGGGGUGAAUAGGAUUUGAACUCAUUCACAUUUAGAGGGGUGUUGGAAACUGAGAACCAGGCAGAUCCAGGCUCAGGCCCUAACAGGGCCCUGGAGUAAAGACAUUGGAUCCCAAAGAUUACAGGUGGGGAGUUUUUGAAGUAAUGUCCAUAUUCAAGUGGAGAUUGAAGAAGCCCAACCGAAAACUCUGGACUGACCGUGACAACUGUGGAUUGAACAAGUUCUUUUUAAAAGGGCUAUUUUGAAGAUUAUGAUUCUGACUUUGGAGGAACUACGGUGAUUGGAAGUGGAAGGAAUCAUAUGUAAAAUUCCUUAAAUAAAAAUUUAUUGACUUUAAAUAAUUUUGCCUAUAUUACACAUAAUUAAAAAAACCUUAUACUUUUAGUAGAAA